CCUCCUGCCGUUUCCGCCUCUCCGCCUCCAGGGACGACCUGAAGGAGAGCCAGAGAGGGGGCGUAUCCAAACAGCCGCCCCGCCCAGGGCUCGUACGCCUUCCUAUGCUUUCCUGUCCGCUACCUCGCGCACCUCAGUUCCUGGAGAGUGUGGUGAAGCUGCGCUUGCGGUUCAGCCGGAAAGCAAGUCCCGGGAGAGAUCGGUGGCGCAGGGAGUCUCGGCUAGCUGGAUAGCAGGCGUCCGCCCAGCGGCCAGUGAAUGUUUGUUUGCUGCUACUAAUGGGUGUGAGCAAGUUAGAUAUUCUAUACCGGAGACUUCUCCUUACAAAACUUUUUAUCAGAGGAUGGGGAAGACCAGAGGAUCUCAAAAGACUCUUUGAAUUCAGAAAGAUGAUUGGAAAUCGAGAAAGAUGUCAGAAUCUGGUUUCAAGUGAUUAUCCAGUUUACAUCGAUAAGAUUGAAGAGCAAUCAGACUGUAAGAUCCUAGAUGGACACUUUGUUUCCCCAAUGGCCCAUUAUGUGCCCGAUAUCAUGCCAGUUGAAUCUGUUAUUGCAAGGUUCCAAUUUAUUGUGCCUAAAGAAUGGAACAGCAAAUAUAGACCUGUUUGCAUUCAUCUUGCUGGAACAGGAGAUCAUCAUUACUGGAGACGACGAACACUAAUGGCUCGUCCUAUGAUUAAAGAGGCCCGAAUGGCUUCUUUACUGUUAGAAAACCCUUAUUAUGGCUGCAGGAAACCCAAGGACCAAAUAAGGUCCAGUUUAAAGAACGUGUCUGACCUUUUUGUGAUGGGAGGAGCUCUUGUUUUAGAAUCCGCAGCUCUCUUGCACUGGCUAGAGAGGGAGGGUUAUGGACCUCUAGGAAUGACUGGAAUCUCCAUGGGGGGACACAUGGCUUCCUUAGCAGUAUCCAACUGGCCUAAGCCUAUGCCGUUGAUUCCAUGUCUAUCUUGGUCCACAGCAUCUGGGGUCUUCACUACGGGUGUGCUAAGUAAAUCCAUUAAUUGGAGGGAGCUGGAAAAGCAGUAUUAUACACAGACAGUUUAUGAAGAAGAAAUUAUUCACAUGCUUGAAUAUUGUGGUACAGAUUCUUUCAAAAUGGGACAAGAGUUUGUGAAGCGCUUCCCUAGCAGUGCAGACAAGCUAACUAACCUUAACUUGGCUUCUAGAACUUUAAAUUUAGACAUGACAGAUCAAGUUGUGUCCCAGAAAUCCGCUGAGUGCCAUAAAUCUAGUAAAGCACCUAUCAGUGCCACAUCAGGAUUCUUGUUGCAAGAUACCUCUAAGAUGGAGUGCUUCAAUCAAACACUUUCAGCCAACAAAAGUAGUUAUACAAGUUGCAGUCCUCAAUCAUACCACCUACUCAGUAAAGAACAAAGAAGAAAUAAUCUUCAGAAAGAAUCUUUAAUAUUUAUGAAAGGAGUUAUGGAUGAAUGUACUCAUGUAGCAAAUUUCUCAGUUCCAGUUGACCCAAGCCUCAUCAUAGUGGUUCAAGCCAAAGAAGACGCCUAUAUUCCACGAACAGGAGUUCGAAGUCUACAAGAAAUUUGGCCUGGUUGUGAAAUCCGAUAUCUAGAAGGGGGUCAUAUUAGUGCUUAUCUUUUCAAACAAGGACUUUUCAGACGAGCCAUCUAUGAUGCAUUUGAACGCUUCCUCCACAAAUAUGCUAACUAAUUGGAUCACCGUAUGUAACCAGUACAGCCAUCAUGUUUCUUGUGGGUUUCAUCCUUUGAUGAUGUGAAGAACAAGCAGACAGCACCAUAUAUCUACUUGCUAUCAACUGAGUCUUGAAUUCAGUGUUAUAGAUCAGUCAACUAUAAUAUUUAAAUACAUUUGAAUAACUGUAAACCAAUAUUUGGAUUAAAUGAUAAUGAACUAUUUUGUUAGUAUUUGUGGGAAUCCCAUAUAAUCAACAUCUAGUUUGUUGCAACUAUUUACGAAAACUUUAAAUUUUAUAUUAUGAAUAAUUUAUUAAUUUAAAAUAAAUGUAUUCAUAGAAACCCUAUUGGUUUUUAAAGAACUGCUAAAUCAAAUCAAGUUUGUGAUACAUCAGCCUGUGUUGAAUAUAUACCCUUAUAUGAUAUUUCUUUUAUUGACUUGAGAAACAUGUUUAUUUCAUUUGUGGACCUAUACUGAAUUUAUAAUAAUCUUAUUUUCAAUUUUAAUGUGCUGCCAUGGACACUUAUGAUGUGUGAAAACAGUGUUAACUUUGAAUUCUAAAAAAAUUCCUGAUUGCUUUGUACUUUAGUGCUUUUAAUAAUUAAAAUGAAUGUGAGAAUGCAGAUAAAAUGCAUAAGACUUGGCUAAACUUUAAAACUUUGCCAAAUAUUAGGUGAGAAAAAAAUGUCAAACAUAUUUCCCCAACUUGAAAAGUUUCAAUUCACGAAAAACUUAAAUAAUGAAAGACCUAUUGCAUUAAUUGAUAGAUAACUGUCUCAACAUUUUCUUCUAUACAUACUCUAGUUUGCUAAACAUACAACUUUAGCCCAAGUACUUAACAGCUUUGGCUUUUUAAUUUCAGAAAUUAAUGGCCACAUAUGAAAUUGAUUUGUCCCACAUAAACUUUAUUGAAAAGAUAGAAUAACUAGUAGCUUUUUAAAGUGGAAGAUUAUACGGCUACAUUUGGUGCUUUCUUUUUAUGUUAAACUUCUCAAGCCAAGAGCUAAAAUGUUUUUUAAAAGUAGAAAAUAUUUUGGGUUUGGAAUAAAAGUACUUGAGUUUUCACUGAAA